GAAGAGUGAUAAACUUUUUAAAUGGACUAAUUGUUUAGGAACAAGCUUCUUUUUUGUUGGCGUCUCCUCUGACAACUAUUUAUAUAUGCCUUGUAGUUAGGAAUGGCCAGUGCACUAGAAACUCUUUGCGGGCAGGCUUUUGGAGCUAAGCAAUACCAAAGACUUGGUACUCAAACAUACACUGCCAUUUUUUCUCUCUUCAUUGUUUGCAUUCCCCUCACAAUCUUAUGGAUGUAUAUGGGAAGAUUGCUUACCUUCGUCGGCCAAGAUCCUCAGAUUUCUCAUGAAGCUGGAAAAUUCAUUAAGUGGCUGAUUCCUGCUCUCUUUGCUUAUGCAAAUCUUCAUCCGCUUAUUCGGUACUAUCAAAUGCAAAGUAUGAUUGUUCCCAUGCUUGUAAGCUCCUGCAUAACAAUAUGCUUCCACAUACCGCUGUCUUGGAUGCUAGUGUUUCGCUCUGGCUUUGGUAAUAUUGGCGCGGCAAUAGCUAUUGGUAUAUCGAUGUGGUUGAAUGUCAUAAUCCUUGCUUCAUACAUGAAGCUGUCUCCCGCUUGUGCAAAAACACGCGCACCAAUGUCUUGGGAGAUCGUCAAGGGAAUGAGAGAGUUUUUUCAGUUUGCUAUCCCUUCUGCAAUCAUGAUUUGUCUUGAGUGGUGGUCAUUUGAGCUGCUCAUCUUGCUAUCAGGCCUAUUGCCAAAUCCACAACUUGAAACUUCAGUUCUGUCUAUAUGCCUGAGCACCAUUUCUACGCUUUAUGCAAUACCAUUUGGUCUCGCUGGUGCUGUAAGCAUUAGAGUAUCUAAUCAAUUAGGAGCUGGAAAUCCUCAAGGAGCUCGCGUAUCUGUGCUUUCUGCAAUGCUCAUCGCGGCCACAGAGACAAUACUCGUAAGCACAACUGUCUUUGCUUGUCGAAACGUAUUUGGCUACAUUUUCAGCAACGAGAAGGAAGUCGUGGACUAUGUCGCAAACAUGGCCCCUCUUCUAUGUCUAUCGGUCAUAACUGACAGCUUGCAAGGAACUCUUUCAGGUGUUGCGAGGGGAUGUGGUUGGCAGCAUAUCGGAGCCUAUGUCAAUCUUGCUUCAUUUUACCUUUGUGGAAUUCCUAUAGCUGCUUCAUUAGCUUUCUGGCUUAACUUUCGGGGAAAAGGCCUGUGGAUCGGCGUACUUUCGGGUGCUGCUGUGCAAUCUAUUCUACUAUCUGUGAUAACAUGCUGCACAAAUUGGAAAAAACAAGCUGCAAUGGCAAGGGAGAGGCUUCAUGAACCAUCUAUUGAUGACAGGUUGAUGUAAAUGAGAGGCCUAUAAAUGAAUUGUACUUCUCUUAUUGAAGUCUAGAACAGGUUACAAAAUGCUGAACUAAAAGAAUAGAGAGAGGAUCCAAUUUUCCCGUUCUGUCCUCUAAAGUUUUGUACUUUAAUUUGUAUGUUCUCUAAAUCUGCAUAAUCAAAGUUGAGUUCUUUUUCUUCUUUUGUCACAUUGAUUGAUAUGAGUUGAGCUUAAAUGAAGAAGUAAGGAUUUGUAUAGCUGA